AAAUGGGCAGCAGCGGGACGGGCUGAGCCGCGGGGGCUGGCGCGCGCCUCGAGGGCGGCAAGAUGGUGGAGCCGGUGGGCUUUGCCGAGGCUUGGCGCGCCCAGUUCGCGGAUUCGGAGCCGCCCCAGAUGGCGCUGCAGUCGGUGGGCGACAUCGAGCAGGAGCUGGAGCGCUGCAAAGUGUCGAUCCGGCGCCUGGAGCUGGAGGUGAACAAGGAGCGCUUCCGCAUGAUCUACUUGCAAACGCUGCUGGCCAAGGAGAAGAAGAGCUACGACCGGACGCGCUGGGGCUUCAAGCGCUCCUCGCACGUGCCCGAGACCGACCCCCCCGCGCCCCCAGACGGCCCGCAGCCUCAGCCCGAGCGCGGCAAAGGCGCCAGCGAGGAGAAGCUGAAGCGAGGCCUGGAGGACGCCGAAGCCCGCUGCGAGCCCGACGUGUCUCCUUCCAAGCACCGGCCCUCCUCCGGGCGCCGGCUCCCGAGCGGCGGCAGCACCGACAAGGAAGGCGCUUUCGAGCCGGUGGGCAAGGAGCGGGCCGCGGCCAGCAGCGUGGCGGCGCUGCGCUCCAACUUCGAGCGGCUGAAAAGGGCGCCGUCGGACGGCCCGGAGAAGCCCUUCUACGUGAACCUGGAGUACCACCACGAGCGGGGCCUCGUGAAGGUCAACGAUAAGGAGGUCUCGGACAAGAUCAGCUCGCUGGGCAGCCAGGCCAUGCAGCUCGAGCGCCGGCGAGCUCUGCCCGGCCUGCCCUCGCCCCGCGCCCGCCCUGCCGCCGAGGGCCUCUGCGCCCUGGACGGCGAGUACGAGGACGCCGACCUGAACCCCCGCUUCCUCAAGGACAACCUGCUCCACGCCAACGGCGCCGGCCGCCCGGCUUGGCAGCCCGUGGACUUGCAGCCCUACCAGAGCAUCUACGUCGGCGGGAUGAUGAUGGGCGACGCCGAAGGCGGCCGAGGCCCCCUCCUGCGCAACCCCAGCGCGGCCGAGCCGGAGAAGCACCUCACCUGGCCCAGGCGCUCCUACUCUCCCCGCAGCUUCGAAGACAUCGGCGGCGGCUACACGCCCGACUGCAGCUCCAACGAGAACCUCACCUCCAGCGAGGAGGACUUCUCCUCGGGCCAGUCCAGCCACGUGUCGCCCAGCCCCACCACCUACCGCCUCUACCGGGACAAAAGCAGGUCUCCUUCGCAGAACUCCCAGCAGUCCUUCGACAGCAGUAGCCCCCCCACCCCCCAAUCUCAAAAGCGCCACCGGCAGCAGCAACAGGUCAUCGUGGCCGAAGCCACCAUUGUGGGAGUACGGAAAACGGGACACAUCUGGCCCAGUGACAGCGAGCUGCUGCCCGGGAGGCCCUCUCUGGACAGUUGUUUCCAUGGAGACGCUGAUGCCUCCUUCAGUGGGAUACCACCCGGCUAUGCCUAUGACGUGGACAGGGCUGAAGAACAACGGCGACAUCACGACCAGAUGCCCUACAUUGAUGACUCACCUUCUUCUUCUCCCCAUCUCAGCUCCAAAAGCCGGGGUAGCAGAGAAACCCUCUCCUCAGGAUCACUGGAGUCCACAAAAUCAAGUGAGCCAGACUUGGAGAAGGGCUUGGAGAUGAGGAAAUGGGUCCUCUCUGGAAUUUUGGCUAGUGAGGAAACUUACUUAAGCCAUUUGGAGGCUCUCUUGCUGCCCAUGAAGCCUUUGAAAGCUGCCGCCACCACUUCCCAGCCUGUGCUGACGAGUCAGCAGAUUGAAACCAUCUUCUUCAAAGUGCCUGAGCUCUAUGAGAUCCAUAAGGAAUUCUAUGAUGGACUCUUCCCACGUGUUCAGCAGUGGAGCCACCAACAGCGGGUGGGGGACCUCUUUCAGAAGCUGGCCAGCCAGCUGGGAGUGUACCGGGCCUUCGUGGAUAACUAUGAGGUUGCCAUGGAGACGGCAGAGAAGUGUUGUCAGGCCAACGCUCAGUUCGCAGAAAUCUCAGAGAAUCUGAAGGCUAGAAGUGCCAAGGAUUCUAAAGACCAGACGACAAAGAACUCCUUGGAAACUCUCCUGUAUAAGCCAGUGGACCGAGUAACACGCAGCACGCUCGUCCUUCAUGACUUACUGAAACACACUCCUUCAAGCCACCCUGACUACUCACUCCUGCAGGAUGCCCUCCGCAUCUCCCAGAACUUCCUGUCGAGCAUCAAUGAAGAGAUCACUCCCAGAAGGCAAUCCAUGACUGUCCAGAAGGGAGAGCACCGGCAACUCUUGAAGGACAGUUUUAUGGUGGAACUGGUGGAGGGGGCUCGCAAGCUGCGUCACGUCUUUCUCUUCACAGACUUGUUCCUCUGUGCCAAGCUCAAGAAGCAGCUUGGAGGGAAAAUCCAACAGUAUGACUGUAAAUGGUACAUUCCACUCUCAGACCUUAGCUUCCAGACGGUGGAUGACUCAGAAGCUGUACAGAACAUCUCACUUGUUCCAGAUGAGGAGCUGGAUGCCAUGAAGAUCAAGAUUUCUCAGCUCAAAAGUGAUAUCCAACGAGAAAAAAGGGCCAACAAAGGGAGCAAGAAUAUUGAGAGGUUGAAAAAGAAGCUUUCGGAGCAGGAAUCCAUGCUUCUACUGAUGUCUCCCAACAUGGCUUUCAGAGUACAUAAUCGGAAUGGCAAGAGUUACACUUUUCUCAUCUCCUCGGACUAUGAACGGGCAGAAUGGCGAGAAAUCAUCCGGGAACAGCAGAAGAAAUGCUUCAAAAGCUUCUCACUGACAUCAGUGGAGCUUCAAAUGCUGACAAAUUCCUGUGUGAAGCUUCAAACUGUGCAUCAUAUUCCCCUCACAAUCAACAAAGAAGAUGAUGAAUCUCCUGGUCUCUAUGGAUUCCUGAACGUCAUUGUCCAUUCAGCCAGCGGCUUCAAGCAGAGCUUGAACCUGUACUGCACCUUAGAAGUGGAUUCCUUUGGGUAUUUCGUAAACAAGGCCAAAACAAGAGUCUACAGAGACACAACGGAGCCCAAUUGGAAUGAGGAAUUUGAGAUUGAGCUGGAGGGCUCGCAGACCCUGCGGCUUUUGUGCUAUGAGAAAUGUUACAACAAAUCCAAGCUCACCAAAGAAGAUGGAGAGACCACAGACAGACUGAUGGGCAAAGGCCAAAUCCAGCUGGAUCCACAGACAUUGCAAGAUAAAGACUGGCAACGCACAGUCAUUUCAAUGAAUGGUGCUGAAGUGAAGCUGUCCGUGAAGUUCACAAGCAGGGAGUUCAGCUUAAAGAGAAUGCCAUCCCGCAAGCAGACUGGAGUCUUUGGAGUAAAGAUUGCUGUCGUCACCAAGAGAGAACGAUCAAAGGUGCCCUAUAUUGUGCGCCAGUGCGUGGAGGAGAUUGAGCGCCGUGGCAUGGAGGAGGUGGGCAUCUAUCGAGUCUCUGGUGUUGCCACCGAUAUCCAGGCUUUGAAAGCUGCCUUUGAUGUCAAUAACAAAGAUGUCUCUGUCAUGAUGAAUGAGAUGGAUGUCAAUGCCAUUGCAGGGACCCUGAAGCUCUAUUUCAGAGAACUGCCUGAGCCUCUCUUCACAGAUGAACUCUAUCCCAACUUUGCUGAAGGCAUUGCACUUUCAGAUCCUGUUGCAAAGGAAAGUUGCAUGCUGAAUUUACUGCUGUCUCUUCCUGAACCUAAUCUUGUCACAUUCCUUUUCCUGCUGGACCAUUUGAAGAGGGUUGCUGAGAAGGAGAUCAUCAACAAGAUGUCCCUGCACAAUCUGGCAACUGUUUUUGGGCCUACGCUACUCAGGCCAUCUGAGAAGGACAGCAAGAUCCCUGCCAACCCAACCCAACCUAUAGCCAUGACUGAUAGCUGGUCACUAGAAGUUAUGUCCCAGGUUCAAGUUCUCCUCUACUUCCUGCAGCUAGAGACGAUCCCUACACCAGACAGCAAGAGACAAAGCAUCUUGUUCUCCACAGAAGUGUAGAAGCCUCUCUGAGCAGUGAAGGGGCUUGUGGACUUGCCCUUGGGGUGCACUGCCUGCUCUGAGGACCAGAGCAAAACCAUUCCUCUUCUAGACAUUCCUGUCCUGUCCUUGCCCACAUAGGGGAAGCAAUUCCUCCUGCUGUUUUGUCUGGCAAAGACAGGCUGAAGAUUUUUUUAAAAGAUUCCCGCCUGUUUGACCAUUGGUGGGGGGAGGACAGUGCCAGAUGGCAGAUCAAGUGCACUGUGAGUUUCCUCCACCAGAGGGAAACAGUGGCCAACAAGAACUGUUUUCGUGGCUAAUCAGAGAGCAAGUUCCCAGGAUGUGUGCGUGUUUUAAAAUGAAUUCAGUUAUCAUUAGGAAGCUCUGUGAUGUCUAUUUGGACUGGUUGUGAAGAUGAGGGGAAAAGAACAAAAGGUUAUAUCAAAUGGGUAGCUUUACUGGCUACUGUUUUUAAUUGAAUACUGCUGAAUCUAGUGUAAUUUAUUCAUGAUGGCCCUCUCCUUGGAAAUACAAACCUUGAUUGAUUUGGUUUUAUAUUUGCUUUUCUUCCCUUGCCUACCUCUCUGCUUUGACACAUAAAGGAGGAGGAGAAACUAUUUUCCCCCUCUUGUCUCAGACCACCUCCUUUUUUUGAAAGGGCCUUAUUCAAGGAAGCAGACCUUUAUGCGUCAUAUAGAUGUCCAUAUACAAAAAAAAUUCUGGGUAAGGGGAAGAUAUGCAAGGAUGGUUAGCUAACUUUUGUUUUUGUCUGGACCAAAAAAAAAAUAACAGGCAGUACUAGUGUACUAGUGUAGCUGGAAUCUCCUGGCCUUCCAAAUAUAAUUGGAUGACUUGUAAAAGCACUCAUUGCACCUGUGGUUUUCUUAAAAAAAAAAAACCACCCUUUUUCUAGUUUUCUGCCUAAUUCAAUGUUGGCUCUCCAGCAUAAGCACCAUGACCUUUACAUAAUCCCACCCCUCGAGAUCUGAAUAGUAAAUGGCUGUGUUUCUGGCUGGUUAAUCUAAAGUUUUCUCAGUAUAGCGUUUUUGAUACUUGAAUUUUUAUUUUCUUUCCUGAGACUUUGUACAUUGCUCAUGAACAGUGUCUCUUUCCAUCCCUCCCUUUUCUGGUAAAUAGGAAUGUUUUGAUAAGAUGUUUAAUAUCCUAUGUAACUGGUGACUGAUGAACAGGUAGAAUUUUGUAUUUUUUCAGAAGCUGAAACUCUGUUUUUAAUCCAGGUUGUUGCAGAAAUUUCUAUGGCAGAAUAAACUGCCCUUACCUGAUUGCUAAUGUUCCUGGUUGCUAACGUGAUGUUUGCACUAGAACAGCCACUUCUGGAACUAUAGUACUGAAAAAGAGUUAGUAUUGGCAGUUGAAAAUAUAAACAAACUACAGAGUCCCAGGGCAGGCAAACAGGAAUUGUUUUUGCUCUGAGAUUGCAUUUGUCUCUGUCACUUUCCACCCAGUCAUGCAUCAUCAUUGUUAGCUGUGCUCGUCCCACCACCAACUUUGCCAAGAUCAGAAACUGAGUGCUGACGAGAGAAGACAAAAUCACUUCCUGCUCAGAGUGUGAGGAUGAACAAGUUAAACCUGUUGGUUUGUUUGGAAAGGGGCGAAACUUCCCCCAGAAGACACCUCUAGGUUCUCAUUUUUUAAGGACUACUACACUUAAUAAAUGAGACAAAAAGCAGCAUAGAAACAACUGUUUUGAUAACUGCUCUGAUUUUUACUGUGACAUUAUGCCAGCUGCUUUUGGUACUGUGAAGUCACACAUUCUGAGAGAAACUUUAUCAGCUUUGUCAGUGUUUUUCAUUCUAAUGGACAUUAUUCAUGUAGGAAUUUAAUAUUGCUUAGUGCUGCUCCCUUCCCAGGCACAGCCGUAGAAACCCGUUUGUGAUAUUGUGUGACAAAAGCUUUUCUCCUAAUUCUGCUACUUUUCAAAUGUUGUCUUUCCUAUUUUCUUGCUGUCAGAUCAACCCUCUUUACAAGAAGUGUGAUUUAC